AUGCCUCCCCGUUCGAAAAAAGCUCUUGAUCUUCCUACUGGGAUGAAAGGGAAACCCGUGGCUCAUUGGAUGCAGCUGCGUAAUGGUAACAAAGACAGUCAUCCCGGAACUGUUGACGACUGGGAGAAUGAGGAUGAUGUUGAGACUGUCGGAGAGAAGCUGAAGAAACAGGCACAAAAAAAGGCAGAUAGCACUAAGCUACAGGUACAGAGGGACAAGGCUAAGGUAGAUGUUGCUAUCCUUGAGGAUACGCUUCGUCGGGAGGAUGUUGCUCGAGAGUUGACAGUGAACCACCCUGUUGGCCCCAAAAAACAUGCUCCUUCAGCUAGGAAGAGAGCGGUCAAAGAUGUUCAAAAUCCUCAGCUUGCUCUCACUGUUUCUCCACCACCGUCGAGCCAGGUAUUACGCCCAGAGAUCUCAGUGACUUCAGCAAAUGAAGAAACCCAAGAGCUAAACCAGCAAAACAUUUCUUGUGAGGAAGACCCAAGCACGGGCGCAUGCCAAGUGCUUGUUGGCAGUGAUGGAUCACAUGAAGAGUCAGAUGAGCACAUACCUCAUGAUAAAUCUGGAGAUCACGUUAAUGCCGAGUUGAAAGAUCCAACCAAAUUGAGACCAAAGCCCACCAGCAGGCCAGUCAAAGUCUCUGCACGCACUGCUAUCGCCAACAGUCGGUCCACCAAUGAGGGUGUGGCCACACCGAAGCUUUCUUUGCUGAUAUCAGGAUCUGGCCCCAAAGUGGAAACUACUAUGGCACCCAAGCACGUCCUGAAACGCAAGAGUCGAGUCAUUGAUGACGCAGUGCUGGACAAACCUGUCGUCUUGUGUUCUGAAGACGAAUCAAUUUCUCCGGAGGUGCAAGUACCGCCUACAAAGAAGAAAAAACUCGAUACCAAAACUACAAAUUCCACUAAGACUGCAAAACCCACCAACGAGUUAGCAAAGAACUGGGAGAAGAAGAAGAGCAGGGAUGGACCUCACAAUGCUGGAAAGAAAGCUGGCGGCAUGGUCGAAGAUGAUGAAGACAUUAAGCCUGAAUUUGUCGACAUCGUCAAGACCAAGGGAAACUUAACAGACCGCAAACCGACGGGUGUGGUGGAUGUCACUGUCAAAAUAGUCAAGAAAGAGGGUCCACUGAUGAUGACCGCAAGACAGGCACGAGGUGGCAAGAACAAAUGGACGACGAACCAUUUGCCAGAUGGCACUCAAGAUGCUUUCAGCAAGUGGAUCGUUCCCUAUCUUCGCGAGAAGGUGGGGCAAUCAGUGACCCCUUGGGCCUCACUAUCUGUCGAGGAUGUUCAGGAGGCAGUUGACAUCGAGUUUGGAAGGACUGAAUACUGCGUGGCAGAGAAGGGUGCAUGGAUGAGCCUGGCCAAUUAUCGGAUCACUAAUUUUCGUCAUGACAUUUGUGUCGAGGCAGAAAAGGCCGUUGAGGCCUUCAUCAAAGAACACAGUGAUCAGCUCUCAACACCCGAGCUCAUUGGCCAAUAUAUGGCAUACCUGAUCACGUCAACAUCUCCAGAGGGAAACGUCAGUGGUCCUAGCCCACCGUUUAUGUGGAAAGUUUGGAAGAACGAUGGAGCGAAGAGAAGGGGAAUCUUUUGUCACGAGUUGAUUAUUCGGGUCAUGGCUGAGGCCCAUUUCAUGGCACUGGGGCCCAUGAACAAUCUCUCAAUAAUUCCAUACCCGAAAGGUGCACUGUUACUUACAGGGCAGGCGGUCGAGCGUGCGAUUUCUAUGUGGACUACUGGCGUGUUCGUUAAUACCACUGCUCCCACAUUUUCGAGGCAAAAUUUCGACAACGUCACAGAGGAAUUCGCUCUCAACCCAGCAGAACGCGCCAAGUAUGGCAAGGAUGCCCGGAAAAAGAGCGUCAAGACGAAGCGUGUAUCAAUCUACCAAGCAACGUUGGAUUCAUGGAACGAUGCUAAGUGGAUCGAGCUGCUAACCGAAGUUAAGCAGGCUGUUGAGACCAGUACAUCAAAGAAAAGGCGCAAAAUGUCGACAUCUGCAUGGUCUGCCUCACCAGACAUCAUUGAACAAGAGGCAGACAUCGUGUUCAGGUCUGAUCCUCCUGACCCGGACUCAGACGAGGACUCGGGAGACUGUGGAGGGAGUGUGGGCACUGUAGAUGAGUCGGCAGAGGAGGAUAAUGUGGCUGGGAGCGUGACUGUCACUGCAACGCCGAGUGAUGCUGAUGGACUGUCAGACUCCGAGUCUGUAAUGGCUGUUGAUUAG